UUUGUUUUAACCCUUAAAUAAAGGGUUGAAGAAGGUUUGAACACCGGAGGAGGAGCAAGCGACGCUCCAGAGAGCGGGAGGAGGGGAAAGAGGAGGGCGCGAUUCGCUGCCGUCUGGCCAUCCCUGAUCCAGGGUCGGUCGGCAUGGCGAUGUAGGCCGAUCGAUCUUUGCGGCGAGAGCUACGCCACCGAUUUCGUUAGCCUAAUGUCCAAUGCGAUGGCCUUUCCAACUUAGUGCCGGUUGUUCUACCUAGUCUUCUAUUGUUAUGCGUUUCUAAAUGUGAAGGUUUCUUGCUCCGGUGCAACCUUCCCUCUUAAUGAACGAACCUGAAUUAUAUCUCCUUCUCUCUACUACCGCGUCAGCCUUUGUGUUUGGCGUGUGCUCAAGGGAGAAGAGGAGAAAGAAAGACAUUUUCUUUGCUACAUCCUCCGUGGUCAACAAAAGCAAGUCCUUUUUAUCCCAUGCCCCCUAACCUGGACUGUCCCAGUAAGGCCCAGAUGGCUGUUUCAGUUUUCAAUUGUUCAAUCAGCAGCGAUCACCAUGGUAGCAAUCAAAGUGAAGGAAAGCCAGGUGGCCGGAGACGGGUGUUUGUCCAAACUGAAACUGGCUGUGUGUUAGGUAUUGAACUUGAUCGUGGAGAUAAUGUUCAUACUGUAAAAAGAAGAUUACAAAUUGCUCUCAAUGUGCCUACUGAAGAGAGCUCUCUUACAGUUGGUGAUCUCGUGCUGAAAAAUGACCUUAGUGCUGUCCGGAAUGAUUCUCCUUUACUUCUUACCAGGAAUGCACUGCACAGAAGCUCUUCCACUCCGUGCCUCUCCCCUACUGGAAAGGACAUCCAACAAAGAGAUCGAAGUGGUCCGAUUGAAAUCUUAGUGUGCUGCCGCUGCUCUCAAACAAAGCAACUGGUCAAGGAUGUUGUGCAGGCUAUUAAAGUUGGUGUCGAUCCAAUACCUGUUCAUAGUGGUCUUGGCGGUGCUUAUUACUUCAAGAAUAUUAAAGGAGAGAGUGUUGCUAUUGUAAAGCCUACUGAUGAAGAACCAUUUGCACCAAAUAAUCCUAAAGGUUUCGUUGGUAAGGCACUUGGACUUCCGGGAUUGAAGAGAUCAGUGCGGGUUGGUGAGACUGGAUUCAGAGAAGUUGCUGCAUAUCUUCUUGAUUAUGAUCAUUUUGCCAAUGUUCCCCCAACUGUCCUUGUCAAGAUCACUCACUCAGUAUUCAAUGUGAAUGAAGGUAUUAACUACAGAACCAGUGGAAAAGCUACCGAGAGGAAGCCUAGAGCUGUAAGCAAGAUAGCAUCCUUUCAGCAGUUCAUUAAACAUGACUUUGAUGCUAGUGACCAUGGUACCUCUAGCUUCUCCGUUGCGGCUGUACACAGGAUAGGUAUACUUGAUAUUAGAAUUUUCAAUACUGACAGGCAUGCUGGAAAUCUUUUGGUGAAGAAAUGGCAAUCAGCUACUGGAAGAUUUGGGGCUCAGACAGAACUUAUUCCAAUUGAUCAUGGUCUUUGCUUGCCAGAAAGUUUGGAAGAUCCUUAUUUUGAAUGGAUCCACUGGCCACAGGCAUCAAUUCCUUUCUCUGAGGACGAGCUUGAGUAUAUUGCUAACCUUGAUCCGGUGAAAGAUUCUGAGAUGCUUCGGAUGGAGUUACCUAUGAUCCGUGAAGCAUGUCUUAGAGUUUUGAUCCUGUCAACUAUUUUUCUCAAGGAAGCAGCUGAUUUUGGGCUUUGCCUAGCAGAGAUUGGUGAGAUGAUGAGCAGGGAAUUCAAGGGAAUGGAAGAAGAGCCAAGUGAACUAGAAGUUGUGUGCAUAGAGGCAAAACAGCUGAUAGCAGAAAGAGCUGUUUUUUCUCCAGUUAUCAACCCACAGGAUGAUGAUGCAAUUCAAUUUGACAUUGACUAUGAGGAAGCUGACACACUAACUCCGAAAUCACCAUCAUUUUGCUAUUUUGGAGCAAAGGGAAAAAUAUCCAAAAACCCACUUUCACGAUUACAGGAGAGCUUAGAGGAGCAGGAAGAUGAGGAUAAUGGAGAGAGCAGAGUGGAGGAAAAUUGCCUGCCUACUUAUGAAUGGUCUCAACAAGUUCCAGGUCUGUCUGCUUCUCUUAAAGAUAUAAGCCUUGCCAGAAAGAACCAGCAUUGUCCAAGAGCUAGCUAUUCUACUAGUAGAUUUAAUAACAGUGGUGGUGCCAUUAAGCCGCAGGGUGGUAAUAGUAGAAGUGCAAAUGAAUCAUCGUUGCCUGUGAGUGUUAGCUUUGUGAAAUUUGCCGACAUGGGGGAAGAUGAGUGGUCUGCAUUUCUUGAGAAAUUUCAGGAGUUGCUUCAAUAUGCAUUCCGCAGUCGGAAAAGUUGUUGCACUGGCCAGAGACAGCAGAAGAGGUUGGGCACUUCUUGCCAGUUUUGAGUGGAAGACGGUUUCCAAGAGUCGAGAGGCUGUUGAGGUCCAGUUGUCUGUCAGCCCUUUUCUUUGUAGGUGUAGUAAACAGCGAAGGUGUUUUUUUUUGAGAAUAAGAACAUUGUGGUGACCACAAGACUGGUGGUCAAAGGCUAUGUUGGAGGUGUGCGGUUUUACCACCUCUGUAUAUAUCUUUUUUAUGCUUGUUUAAAGCUCUGUUACAUGAUGGCCAGCUGUACGCUGUAUCUAUCGCGAGAUGCUGGACAGGAAAUAUUAUUUUGAAAAACAACUCUAUGUAAAUGCUGUAUUCCGCUGUUGCUUUAAUGUGUUACUUUUGUUGGCUUUAUAAAGCAAUGGGGAAUGAUUUUUGUUCA